AUGGAGAACAUGGCCUGUAAUGGGUCAGGGGACUCUCAGACCAUCUUCUACCUUACAGGCAUCCCCUCUCUGCAAAAGUCCCUCUUCCUUCCUGUCUUCUUCAUCUUUCUCCUCCUCUACCUGCUCAUCCUGGUGGGCAAUGCCCUGAUCCUGGUGGCUGUGGUGGCAGAGCCCAGCCUCCACAAACCCAUGUACUUCUUCCUAAUCAACCUCUCAGCCCUAGACAUCCUUUUCACCACAACCACUGUCCCCAAGAUGCUGUCCCUGUUCCUGCUUGGGGACAGGUUCCUCAGUUUCCCUGCCUGCUUCUUGCAAAUGUAUCUGUUCCAUAGCUUCUCCUGCUCAGAAGCCUUCAUCCUGGUGGUCAUGGCCUAUGACCGCUAUGUGGCUAUCUGCCGCCCUCUGCACUAUCCCAUCCACAUGACCCCACAGACAAACACAGCGCUGGCAGCCAGUGCCUGGACCACCGCUCUCCUCCUGCCCAUCCCAGCAGUGGUACAGACCUCCCAGAUGGCAUUUGACAACAUCGCCUACAUCUACCACUGCUUCUGUGAUCACCUGGCCGUGGUCCAAGCCUCCUGCUCAGACACCAGUCCCCAGACCCUCAUGGGCUUCUGCAUCGCCAUGGUGGUGUCCUUCCUUCCCCUCCUGCUGGUGCUUCUCUCCUAUGCCCGCAUCCUGGCCUCAGUGCUCCGCAUCAACUCCAGGGAAGGGCGUUCCAAAGCCUUCUCCACCUGCAGCUCCCACCUCCUGGUGGUAGGCACCUACUACUCAUCCAUUGCCAUAGCCUAUGUGGCCUACAGGGCUGACCUGCCCCUGGACUUCCACAUCAUGGGCAACGUGGUGUACGCUAUUCUCACACCGGUUCUCAACCCUCUCAUCUACACCCUGAGGAACAAGGAUGUCAAGGCAGCCAUCACGAAAAUAACAUGUCACCAGGAUUCAAAGAAUAUUGGAAAACCCUAA